AUGUCAGCUAUCGUGUACGUCCUUCCAAAGUUUCUAAGCACUCGUUCUAAGCACGCUUCCGGCUAAUCCUCUUGGCCCUCCUCUGUGCAUGUACCCAGCGCCGUCGAACCCGUGACGUCCGGAACGGCGCUGCUCAAGACCUCCGUCGGGGAGAUCCUCAUCGAGUUAUGGCCUCGUGAAGCACCAAAGGCAUGUCGGAAGUGAGUACAGCAAGUACCUAAACCCAAGUAUGCCUCUGCUCACCUGAUAAGCUGAUGCAACGGACUACGCCCAUCGUCUGGUCGUACGCCUGAACUCGAUCAGCUUCGUCCAACUAGCGAUGGAAGGCUAUUACGACGACCUCCCCUUCCACCGCAUAGUACCCGGCUUCAUCGCCCAAACAGGUGAUGCAACAGGGACGGGAACUGGCGGGGAGAGUAUCUAUGAUGAGGGGGAGUUCGAGGAUGAGUUCUCCCAGGUUCGUUCUUUGAUGCUCGUCCGGCGGAUGGGUGGUGGUUGGAGGCGUAGCUAAUGAUGUAGGCGAUGAUGAACAUGACAGAGGCUCAAGUUCAAUCGACGGGGGUUGUUGGGUAUGGCGAACCAAGGUCGGAAUACGAACCUGUCGCAGUCAGUCUCGCCACCUCUAACUUCGAGUAACCCCAACCCCCACACCCGUUUCCCUCCCCUCGAGCUAAUCUCGCUCACGAAACCCCCCAUCCCCACCUCCAACCCGGCCCCGCCAGAUUCUUCUUCACCCUCGACCGCGCCGACGAGCUCUACCAACGCAACACCCUCUUCGCGCGCGUCGCAGCCGGCGAUACCCUCUUCAACGUUCUCAAACUAGGUGAAGUCGAACUCGAACCCGGUACGGAUCGACCCGUUUACCCACCCAAGAUUCAUUCGAUUCGUAUUCUGGAUAACCCUUUCGAGGACAUCGUGCCGAGGAUCACGCCCGAGGAGAGGAAGGAACAAGAUAGGGCCAAGAGGGAGAUGAGGUUGGAGAGGGCCAAGCAGAAACAGUUUGGUAAGAGGAAGGGGACAAAGUGAGUUUCGAACGGUGAAAGACGGAGGCGAGAAGGGAAUUGAACAGGCUCGACGUUACCGGGCACGAGGGUUCACCUUCGAUUCGGAAGAGCAUGGGUACUGAUACGCAUUUUCGCACCACCGCAGAAAUAAAGCGCUCCUCUCUUUCGGUGCCGAACCUGAAGAAGAAGCGCCCAUCGAUCCCGACUUGGCCAAAGCCAAGUUCAAAUCCGCUCACGACGUACUCGACGACGGCCAAUUGAGUAAAGAGGUCAUUGAUGAUCGUGGGAUAUCGGCGACGUUGCCUGAUUGGAUGCAGGCGCCGACCAGCGCUUCGGCGGCUGUACCGACCGCUGGGAAAAGAAAGGAGGAUGAGAAAAGGAAAAAUGAUGCGGAGGUGAGGGAAUUGGAGAACAGUUGACACGAUGGAGUAGUUGAACUGAUUUUUCCUUAUUCGUCACCGAUACCCUGCAGGAACCCAGAAUGGCCGAAUUGACGUCGUUGCGACAAGCCAAGGAACAAAAGACCAAAGCUGCGGCGAACCCUACUGCGGCGGAUAAAAUCAGGGACGAGAUCGCCAAAGUUCAAGCCGACCUCAAACGAAUGACCCGAGAUGAAGAGGCCGGAUCAUCGGACGAGGAUGAGAGGGAGACGAGCAAAGCCAAGAAGCCGAAGCGGAGUGGUCCUUCGUUGUUACAGCUCGAGAGGGAAAGGUAUCAAAAAGCCGGUGCGAUCAAGAAGGAGCAUGGCAAGCCGAAUGAGGAUGACAUGUUGUCGAUCCUUGAUGGGUUCAAGAGCAAGUUGAAGCAGGCUAGACCCAAGGGGAAAGAAAAGGAGAAGGAGAAGGAAAUUGGCCAGAAUCGUAAAGAAUCGGACGAACGGUAUGGGAUUGACGAGGAUGACGAUUCCGACGUCGAGGAUUGGAUGUCGCAUAAGCUCGUGUUCCGCAAAGAUGCGACGUUGGACCAACAUACGAUUGACGAAUACUCGGUCGUUGAUCCUUUGGCGAAGGAAACGGCGUCCUUGGCGGAGUUGCAGGAGAAGAAGGACUCGAGAAGGAGGUACCCUGGGGACCACAAAGAUGAACGAGGAGGAGGGGGUGGGCGAUUGGAUCAACGCUCGAGGGACUCGGGAGGUCGAAGGGAUGGUCGGUCAUUCAGCAGGGACGACGGUGGUCGAGGCGGUGGUCGAGGCGGUAGUGGUAGUGUUGGUGGAGGGGGAGGAUUCGAUCGCCGAGGUGAACGGCCCGAGGUGCGCGGCGAUUGGAAGCAGGAUCGAAUGAGGACGAAUGACUUGGCCUAG